AUGGAUGAUCAGAUUCCUUGUGCCGGAGUACAACGAUGUUGCCAUAUGGCCUGGACAUUUCGCGAUCGCGUCGACAACAUCUGUACAGAAUGUGUGAUUCUCGGUGGUCUUCUAGGAGGUGCAACAGAUGCGUUAGUCAAAUCGCCAGCAAUUAUUCAAGGGGACAAGACGCACAAGUUCGCUUUUGUCGGUGAAGAAUGGCAACCAUCAAAGACCACCAUACGUGGAGCGAUUUUUCGUGGUGGACCGGCGUGUCUUCAACUGAGCCUCGACGGAAAGCGAUUGUAUGUCAGCAAUUCGUUCUACAAACAGUGGGAUGCUCAAUUCUAUCCUGAACUCAUCGCAAAGGGCGGUCAAAUAGCGAGAGUCGACAUCGACCAGCAAAUGGAGAUCUCCAAAAGUUUCCUGAUCGAUUUGAGUGAUAUGGAGGGAGGUCCAUACAUGGCACGAGAUCUUCGAUUCUUCACCGGUGACUCAACAAGCGACAACUUCCUGUAG